AUGACGAGCGACUCGAAGAUUGAAAGCAUUGUCGAGUCCGAAGUUACAGGGGAGAAUGGCGAGAUCUAUCUCCUUCAAUGGCUCUGUAGCACAGAAAAGGCUUUACUCGACAUACCUAUCGCAGACCUAAAGCCAGCGCAAUCUGAAGUCGAAUCCACCCUUCUCAAAGUCAUAUCUGGAACCGAAGGCUACCCAUCUCCUGGGCGUGUAAUACGAAGAGUCGUUGGAAGAUGUUUCGUAGCUCUCUACUCGCGCGGCGAGACGCGAACCAUGUUUGAUACCCUCCAAGCGCUGAUGAAACUCGUCGGCGACGUCAAAUCAGACAAAGAGACUGUCAAAAUUGCAGCUUGGUCUUGCGUUGGCGAUAUUAUGGCGGCAUUUGGUUCCAAUUUGAUGUCGUUUAUGGCUGAAAUCGCCCUCGUGUCUCUCAAAACGGCCAAGUCCUCUUCGUCCCCGUUAUUACGGUAUCAAGCGUUGAUUGCCUUCCAGAAGGCGCUGACGACUGCGAAGCGAGCUGUGCAAGAAUCGACCUUGAAGGAUGCAUUGAAGCAAAUGAGAUACGCUCUAACAGACAAGAGUCUCCCCGUGCAACGUGCCGCGUGUCAGGUCAUCGUCACUAUCUACUCUGAGCCAGACGCCUUACACCCCACUGCGAGCGAUAUCGAAAGCAUCCUCUCCACGUCGGUCAAGAACCUUGAAAACAUUGAUCAGACUACUCGCCAGAGCCAUGCACAUCUUAUAGGCCAUCUCCUCUCGUUAACUCAAGUAGAGCGCCCUGUCGCAGUGCCAGAAACCAAUCCAAAGGCGAAGAAAGAUCAAGAAUCACUGGCUGAUGAACCAGGCGCAGCUGCGCAUGUAGUUGCGGAAACCUUGAAAGCUAUGAUGCCUCCGCAAGAGAUGCUCAUCCUGUUAUCCAACCAUCUCAACCGAAACCAUCUCUCUCGCAAGAUCCGUGUUGGGAUUUUCGAGUUUUAUGUUGCUUUGCUCAACAAAUUAGGACCAAACUUCGUGGAAAGCAAUUUCUCGCUGAUCGUCGCGCACCUCUUGAAUGAGGUCGUGCUGUACCCCCGUAACACCCUCAAUCGCUACGAGGCCCUCCUUACACGGAAAUUAGUAGCGAUCCUUUUACGCGACCUAAUAGGAGUCCGCAUGCUGAGCGAGCAAGGGCAAAUUACCGCGAUCAGGGAGUUGGCAACAUCGUAUCUCAAGAGAUGGCCCGCUAUGAUGCCUGGACAGGUUGCCCCAAGUCCGGUUGCACUCGUCAUUGUUUUGCGGGAGGUGGCAGGACUACUUCAACAAUUAGGCAAUGCGCCUCCCCCUGUACAGGACGCUUUGGCUGAACCAUUGGUUACACUGUUAUCUCACCCCAACCACACGGUUCGCGUCAAUGCUGCAUGGGCCCUGCGGUGCUUCUGCUAUUCUACUCCUCUUCGCCUCCCCAAAGCGAUACUCGUCGUCGUGGACAAACUUCAGAAGGAUUUGGCGACACUGGUUACCCCCGUUGCGUCUGCAGAUGUCCCCGCCAGGGCACUUGGCCACGCCUAUGGCCUUGCUGCACUCGUCUCAAUCAUCCCUCAACGACCACUCUACGUGUCUUACGACGUCACUGCCAAGAUCCUCGACAUUGCCACACAGAUCCUCAAGCGCGCUGGAGAACACGAUCUCAAAGUCGCGGAAGUUGAAAUCGAGGUCUCAUGGACCCUGAUCUCAGCUCUCAUGUCCUUAGGCCCGAACUUCGUACGACCUCACCUAUCCCAACUGCUUGUAUUGUGGAGAAACGCUCUGCCAAAACCAACCAACAAAGAUACAGCGAACAAUGCCGUCCGCUCGGUCGCUGAUUGGUUGUUUUUGCUGCACGUUCGGGAGUGUGCACUCGGUGCCAUCCUUUCCUUCCUACAAUUCAAUGCCUCGACUCUCGUCACGCUCGACGUCGCUCGCAGAGUUGCCUCGGUACUGAGCAACGCGCUCUCGUUUGCCAACAAUUUCAUCUCCCAGAAUGUCGAAGACCCAGCAGAUUCACAACCUCCUGUCAUUCCCCGAAAAGGUCUCUCAAUGCGGGAUCGGGAAGCAUUGUUGCGCAGGAGGGUUUACCAGUGCUUCAGUGCUCUUGGCUUUUCGAGUAUAGCAGAAUCUACGCAGAUGACUCUGUUGCAGUCUGCGGUUUCGCUGUUCGCUAGCCCUGAGGGCUACACCGGUUCUUCCGUACAAGCCGCGAUUGCCUCUUCCUCAGGAAGCUUUACCACUGUCUGGAACAGCACGGAUGGCUAUGCCUAUGGCGUGACGUCCCACGACAUUGUGGAUUAUGGCGGGAUUGGAGUAGACGGGGAAUCGUCGUCUACCAAUCAGGAUUACCUGAACCGUGACUCUAUCGAAGCAUCACUCGAGACGCUGCUACGGACGCCUAUCUUUGGAGCAUGUGAACACGACACCCUUUCCCUGUGCCAGAGCGUCAUUACAGAGACGGAUUACAGGCUCGUAGAACCGCCACCAGGGGCCACAUCCGUUGUCGACUCCGCAAUUGACCUCUUCUCUCGCCUGCUGCCAUUGCAAGACCUCAGCUCGAGCAUUAAGAUCAUCAACCAGCUGCUGGAGUCUGUGCGAUCCCCUCGGCUAGAGAAGAAUGCAGGGAGAAAAUCAGCGGUCUUUAUCAAUGCAGCAGUGGCCAUCGUCCUUGCGCUGCGGGUGGCGACUACCUCCCAUGCCCGCCAGGGCCGGGAGACCUUUGGCAAUGGCCAAGUUACCUCUUUGCUUUCUCCAUUCUUAAUGGAAGCCAUAAUCGAUGGAGACUUAAUCCUCAGGUCAGCAGGGAGCGAGUCCAUGGGUCGUCUGGCGAGCUUAUCUGGAACCAACUACUUGACAAGCCAGAUCAAGGAUCUGGUGGACAAAGUUGUUUCCAACCGAAAUCCGUACGGUCGCGCAGGAUGUGCCCUGGCUUUUGGGUCUAUCUACACCCACGUUGGUGGACUUGCUGCUGGAGCGUUGCUCAAGACGACCAUCAACGUCUUGAUGUCGUUGAGCAACGAUCCCCAUCCAGUGGUCCAUUUCUGGGCACUGAAUGCGUUGACCAGGGUUAUCAACGCAGCAAGUUUAGCUUAUGCACCGUACGUGACAGGAACGCUCGGGCUCCUCCUCAAGCUUUACCUUAUGGAGUCUCACGAGAAGGAAGGGGGAACGCUAGGAAAUUCCAACAUCAGCGGCGAUUGUCCGGCCUACCCUGUUAUGUGCCAAAUCAUCGACGCUAUCAUCAACGUCCUUGGCCCUGACAUCCAAGAAUCGCCACGAGUCCGGACGCUCAUUCUCAACCUUGUCCACGAAUUCUCCAGAGAAGAAGACGAUGGGAUCCGUGUCGAGUCAAUCAAGUGUAUCCAACAUUUCCUCAUGUUCGCUCCCGAGCACGUCGACACUCCAGAUCUGGUGAAGAGGUUCAGGAAGUAUCUGUCUUCGGGUCGACGACCACUCAAACUGGCAUCGAUCAAUGCCUUGUACCAGCUCGUUCAGAAGGACGCUUUGGCGAUGUCUAAGUUGGGAGGAGACAGGCUUGUGGAAGACUUGUUUGCCAUGUUGGAUGAUGAUUCCUCGGUCGAGGGUGUCCGCAACGUUAUCACCAGUUGGUUGCAACAGACGGUGAUCUAUAAUCCGGGAGCAUGGAUCGACCUUUGCCAAAGGAUCAUGUCGCGCACCAACGCUUCGCAGCAGACAGCAGACGCAGCCGUCGGUCAGGGCCUUCGCGACGAUGAAGGGGAAUCGUUGAAUGUUGGAAACGCCUCGGCUUCGCGCGGUCAUGCAACUUCGAGGUGGCGAACUCAGCUUUUUGCUUUGCAGUGCCUUCACACUAUUUGUACGAUCGUGUCAAACAGUGGAAGGAAGGAGCAUGUAAACGCUAUCUACGCUCGGUCUCAAGGCGUUCCAACUCAAGGGCUCUUGUACAACCGUGUAGCGGAUUUGAUCAAGAUGGCGUUCACAGCGUCUGCGGCAUAUGUGACGGAGAUUAGGUUGGAAGGAUUAAUGGUUCUCCGGGAUGUCAUCGAAGUCUUUGCCUCGUCCCCGGAUCCUGCUUAUGACGAUGCCCUUCUGCUGGAACAACAUCAAGCCCCUAUUACUGCUGCACUGACACCGGCGUUUUCAUCGGAUUCAACACCUGAGAUUCUCGCGUCUGCAGUGCAUGCCUGUGCUGUCUUUGUCGGGUGCGGGGUCGUCAAGGACGUCAGCCGAAUGGGACGGAUCUUGAAGCUCCUUACGAGCGCAUUGGAGCAGUCCAAAGAAUCUGGAAUGCUUUCCCUCGGAGAGACUGGGGAGAUGAGCCCCAAUGCCUCGGCCAUGUUGCGUAUUUGCACCCUCUCCGCAUGGGCUCAGCUCCAGGUUUCAAGCACGCAACAAAGCUACCUUCAAAAGGUGGUCCAGCCUUACCGUCCCGUUCUAGCAUCGCUUUGGAUAGCAUCGCUAAGGGACUACGCGAGUAUCAGAGUGGAUUCGGAGUUCUUACAUGAUUCAACGUCCAUCGCUCUCGACUCCUCCCAUUCGAGUCUUGGAAAGGAGGUCCUGUUACCGUACUAUCGAGAAACAUGGGCGACUAUCCUCCAAGCCGUUGCGACGUCCAUGCAAACAAACGAUCCUCAUAUCGUCGCUGCGAUGGAUGGUCGCGAACUUGGUCCCAACGAGAAGCCUCUUGUCAGUCAAGGUCCCAAACAGGAACCUUCGGCGUUCUUCUUCAUCCUAUUUGGCCUGGUCUACGAGGCCCUCUCGACUUCAUCAUCUGAUUCGUCGGGCUCCAGUCAGCGACAAUCCGACUACAUUGCGGCCCUGCAAGCAUUGAAAUGCUUGGUCAAACCCGAAUAUGCAGGAAAGGCCAUAUUGGAACCGACCAUUUUCGACGAGUUUACCAGUCUGCUCUAUCGUAUCGCUAUGACGGAACCUGCCGACAUCCAAGUUCAUCUCAUCGAAGCCUUGUCUAUCUUUGCCUCUACACAGAGUGACAGUUCCGAUGAAGAUCCGCUAUCCUUGACUUCGCCUCGCUCUCAUUGUCUCAGGAUAUGUUCUCAAAUUCUCAGGAACUCGACCACUGCCUCAAGAAGUGGUAUUAUUCGUGGUUCACCGAGUGAUAAGGUCGCUCUGGUAUCGGCCGCGAUCUCCGCAUUCAGCACUAUAGCCACAGGCCUGGAAACUUCUGUACGAGAAGAUGUUCGCGGAGUUGGUAUUCUUCUGUACUGCGAUCUCCUCAAGGAUGAAUCUCCUGAAAUCGACCUGGUUGGCCCGACGCUUCCGGCAUUCAAGACUUUGCUCGACCUGCCACCUGCACCUGGUCCUGGAAAUAAAGAGACCUACAGUCAGUUGAUGCACGCGCUGUUGUCUACGUGCCUCCGACAUGUCGAUGAGAUGAGCAACCGGCAAGGGCCUGGCGCUUCCAAGAAGAUCAAGAACAAUCUACUGGCCGCGGUCCUGUUGCUGACAGUUAUUCCUCAAGAUGUCAAGCUGGGACGGCAAGUGAUCGAGCAUUGUUGCCUGCUCAUUUCGCAGAAGCUGGUAGAUGGGGACGAGACAUCCUUGACCGCAGCACAUUGUGCCAAAACGCUUAUCAUGGCGGCUUCGGCUGGCAACCCAACAUUGCGACAAUGUGUGAAGUUGCUCAUUCCUGGUCUUGUUCAAUACAUCGCGAAGAUGGCACCUCACGUUCACGAAGGUACUCUGACGGACGUGCACUUGGCCGGGAUUGGAGAAAUCUGGAAGGCUUUCGCUGCAUUCUUUGCUGCCACGGCCGAGGAUCACAAGUCGCGGGUACUCGGAGUGCUGCUCCCAACCAUCGCACUUCUAUUGCUCAACUCUCCUCCGUCACAAGGGCCCAUCGCGUCACUUUCGUCGCAGACUGUGAAGCAGCUCCUUGCAUUUGCUACCGCUUCCCCUGCUGGAUUUAAGGAUGCCGCAGCAAAACUAGACCCUCCUGUUCGGGAGUUGCUGGAGCAAUCGAUUCGUAGGGCUGUGGGUGGUACUGCCGGAGCUACCACACAAGCCGCCGCGAAACCACAGAUUUCUUUGAGGUCUUUCUAA